AUGGUUACCCUUUUGAAAUUGCUGUCUCUUUUGGUGUUUCUUUUGAUACCUGUUUCAUCCCAGGUCGACCAGGUUCUGUUUGCUGGAUUCAAGGAUGUGGGUGCCAGCAAUCUCACAUUGAAUGGGGUGGCUGAAAUAGAGCAAAAUGGAAUACUCAAGUUGACAAAUGAAACCAGCAGGUUAAUGGGUCAUGCUUUUUACCCGUCUCCUUUUCAGAUGAGGAACUCAACCACAGGUAAAGUUGUCUCCUUUUCUUCCUCGUUUGCUCUGGCUAUUGUCCCUGAGUACCCCAAGUUAGGUGGCCAUGGCUUGGCUUUCGCAAUAACAACUUCUAAGGAUCUCAAGGCUCUUCCUAGCCAGUACCUUGGCCUUCUUAAUUCCAGUGAUAAUGGUAACUUCUCCAACCACAUCUUUGCUGUUGAGUUUGACACUGUGCAAGACUUUGAAUUUGAGGACAUUAAUGACAACCAUGUUGGAAUAGACAUCAAUAGUAUGCAGUCCAAUAAAUCUGCUAAUGUUAGUUUGGUGGGUCUCAAUCUCAAAAGUGGAAAACCGAUUCUAGCUUGGGUUGAUUAUGAUUCUCAAUUGAAUGUUAUCAGCGUUGCACUUUCUCCAAAUUCAUCCAAACCCGAAACUCCAAUCUUGUCCUUUAAUGUGGAUCUCUCACCCGUUUUUCAUGACACUAUGUAUGUUGGGUUCUCUGCAUCAACGGGUUUGCUUGCUAGCUCCCAUUACAUCUUGGGUUGGAGCUUCAAAAUCAAUGGACCAGCACCGCCCCUUGAUCUCUCUUCUCUCCCGCAGCUUCCACAGCCAAAGAAGAAACAAACAUCUUUGAUAAUUGGGGUUUCAGUCUCAGUUGCUGUGAUUGUGUUAUUAGCCAUCGCCAUUGGCAUUUACUUUUACAUGAAAAUCAGGAACGCCGAUGUGAUUGAAGCAUGGGAGCUUGAAAUUGGACCACAUAGGUACUCCUACCAAGAGCUCAAGAAGGCCACAAGAGGCUUCAAGGAUAAAGAGCUACUUGGGCAGGGUGGUUUCGGCAGAGUUUACAAAGGAACAUUGCCAAAUUCCAAGAUUCAGGUAGCCGUCAAGCGAGUUUCUCACGAAUCUAAGCAGGGCCUAAGGGAAUUCGUGUCGGAAAUCGCCAGCAUAGGCAGGCUUCGCCACCGGAAUCUGGUUCAAUUACUCGGGUGGUGCCGCCGCCGUGGCGACCUCCUUCUUGUGUAUGAUUUCAUGGCCAAUGGGAGCUUGGACAAGUACUUGUUUGAUGAGCCAAAGUUUGUCCUAAGUUGGGAGCAUAGGUUCAAGAUCAUAAAGGAUGUUGCUUCAGCUCUUCUUUAUCUACAUGAAGGCUAUGAGCAGGUGGUGAUACAUAGAGAUGUGAAGGCCAGCAAUGUGCUGCUAGAUUUUGAGCUUAAUGGAAGACUAGGUGAUUUUGGUUUGGCAAGAUUGUAUGAACAUGGGGCUAACCCAAGCACCACAAGAGUGGUGGGUACAUUAGGCUAUCUGGCUCCUGAGUUGCCUAGAACAGGAAAGGCAACUACAAGUUCUGAUGUUUUUGCAUUUGGGGCACUUUUGCUUGAGGUGGCUUGUGGGCGCAGGCCAAUUGAGCCUAAGGCAUUGCCAGAAGAGUUGGUUUUGGUGGAUUGGGUGUGGGACAAGUACAAACAAGGGAGAAUACUUGAUGUGGUGGACCCAAAACUUAAUGAAAAUUUUGAUGAAAAGGAGGUGUUGGUGGUGUUGAAAUUGGGGUUGUUGUGCUCAAAUGAUUUGCCUGCUGCUAGGCCUAGCAUGAGGCAAGUGGUGAGGUAUUUGGAUGGGGAAGUUGAAGUGCCAGAGGACUUGAAAAAGCCAGGAGAUAUAAGUCAGCAGGAGGGGUUUGAUGAGUUCUUGCAUUCACUAGCAUCUUCUUCCUUUGACAAAAUGAGUUCAAGCUCCAAUUUUGGCAAUAGAGACAUGGACAGUUUUCUUUCUUUUGCUAAUUCACCUCAUUCACUUCUGCACAGGGGAGAAACAAGGUGA